UUGACUGAGGACAGCAUCCCAUUAUUCUACAAAAACCUGAAGUGAGGAUGUGACGGUUUCAAGGGGAAGUCAUGAUGUUGCUUUAUGUUAAUGAUAAAGUGUGAACACUUUCAGCUUCCAAUACUAAGCAUGAGCAUGUCGACUGGAAGAGGAGUGCCGCCUCCGCUCUGCCAGGGCUUUCUGAAGAAACGGAAAGACAAAAUGCUUCGGUGGGUGACAUACUGGUUCAGACUUUACAAUACAACACUUUUUUUCUACACUAAAAAACAUGGGAGUGCUUUAGACCUCAGGGGACAAUAUUAUAUAUAUGAGGUUCAGUCUGUGCGGGAGGUAAACAGAUCGGAGAACAAUCGCUACCUAUUUGAGAUCACAAUGAAAAAUGGGAAGAAGAAAAUGCUGGCUGCAGAUACAGCUGAUGUCAGGCAGGAGUGGAUGGACCAGCUAUGGAAAGCCAUGCUGCUCAAUGGCCCCGACAGAUCUGGAUCUGUCUCUAAUGGGGAGCUGGUGCCAGAUAACAACCCUGAAGCUCGGUCUAGCCAGUGUGAAGGAUCAAGUACUGAGACCUGCAGCACUUCAAUGGACAGCAGAUGUCUCUCCAUUGGUCAAGAAUCAUUCCAGUCUUUCACUGAUGCUGAUGAGUCUCAAGAAACUCUGCGCACAGACAAUGUACUGGAGCAAAGUACUGAGGAGUUUAUACUGACUGACUAUGAAUAUGACGUUCUACCAGCGCGAAAACUUGCUGAAGAAGUCAUCUAUGACACUCCCCCUUCCAAAUGGUCAACCAAUGAGGGAGAGCAUGAGGCGACUGAGAACAUCUAUGAUGUCCCAAACGCCUUGAUUAGGAAACUGACUGAACAUACAAUUGAAUCUCACAGCGGCAGUAGUGUGAGUCCUGAGAGUGAUGAUCUUCUAAAUGACAUGAUAGCAUGUUUGGAUAGUGAAUCUGCUGCCUGGGUCAAGACUGCUCCUUUGUGAGCCUGAGUCACUUUUGGCAAGUCUGUGAUGAUAAUAAAUGUGUUGGAAUAAACCUUAUAUUGUUCAUUUUCCAUCCAGACUGUCAUUGUUCAUGUAGAACAAUGAUUAAUCUGUGUUCAUGUUGAAGUUUCAAACUUUCCCUGGGCAUCUAGACUAGACGAGGGAGGUGUAGUGUCUGGACCAAUCAGACACACACACAAAUUAUCUGUUAUAUUUAAUGAAUAAUUCAGCAAACUCACUAUCCCAACAAAGGUCUGUGAAACUUCUCCCAAAUCAAGCCAACACUGGCAGAACCUGGUGUCCUGUUACAGGACACAGUAAGACUGAUAAGUUUUACGACCCAAAAGAAUGUGCAGGGAAUUGAUUGUGACUUAAUUCUUGAGAAGGAUAAAUGAACCCUUUUAAUCCUAUAUAUGCUGUAUAACCAUGUGAUAAAUGUAUCUAAUUUUCCAUCUCAUGAGUUUCCUUUUAUGUGGUUUGGCCUAUGUCUUCAUUCUCUCUUCAAAAGCAUUUUGGUCUGAAACAUGACUUGCAUACUAUGGUUAACCAAACAAUGAAAUUACACAUUCAAAUGCCCUGUUAGAAUGCAAUGGGUCAUUAAAAACUCCAAAGGGAGCGCUUAUUGGCUCACGCACCUCCAGACGGUGACAUCUUCAUGCUUUAAAAAUCACUGAUCACAAGAUCAGCUCUCACUUGUCCUCUUAGCUCUCUUGUGCUCUUAGCCUCUGGCUCUCUCUCUUGGGCCUUCCUGAGAAGCCCUAAUGUGAAGAUGAUGCUGAACUAGAAGUUCCUCAAGGACUCUCAAGCUUGCGCCCGGCUGCGGCCCAUUCACCAAAGAUCCUCCGACAAUCACUGGUUCUCUCUCAUCAAGACCACAUCUGCAAAGAUCAACUUGAGCUUCAACAAAUUGCAUCAGGACUGUUUUAAUUCAAAUGGGCGAGACAUGCAUGUAUCAAACUUAGUCUCAUUAUUUUAUACAUCAAGUAUCCUUUCCCCUUUUUAAGAAGGGCGUGCUAGAACUAAGAAGGGCGUGUUAGAGUUUGCUCAGGCGGUUGAUCUACUGAACUUCAAACAAUGCUAUGACUUCUUGAUUUCUUGUAUUCUGUUUCAGCUCUCUUUCCCUUGGUAAACUGUAUGUAUGUGUAUUUUUUGAAGUAGUGUAAAUAUUUAGUCUAGUUAAUAAAAUCUUG